CCAUUCUCUCUCUUUUCCACUCUUUUUCUCUUUUUUUCCUCGCUCUCUUUCUCUCUUUCUUUCUCUCUUUCCUCCCCGUACAGCUCCAUUCUCCAACAACUCAUCUCCUCAUUCAAACCUUAUUCUGUAACGCAUACAUGAUCCUCCUGAUUAGCUCCGACACUGACUAAUAAUUAACUUCGUCAAGGAAGAAAGAUUAUCUAAACUUGAAGAUUAAUGAUUUGAAUUCAAACAUCAGGAAGUAGUAUCCAAGCCAACAUGUAGAAAAAACACAUCAGUUACAAUUUAGAGGGAGAGAAUUUAAAGUGAAGCAAUACAGUUAUUACCCUUGGAUUAAAAAAACAACAUGAUUUCUAAUUGAUUUAUUUUUUUAACUUUUAACCUACAACGGCGUUUUUUUUUUAAAGUGUUAUACUUAUCAUUAGUUUAGCUGAGUUGUAGUGUAACCUGUAUCAUGGAAUUUAUUAUGAAAAUAAUGCUGAUUAAAAUUGUAUGUUUAGUCAUUUCUUCAUCGCAUACUGCAGCUAGAUCCGAAUUAACUCGGGGUACAAGUAAGCGUAAGAUUGUUUCUAGUCUAAUCGGCAAUCAGCUAUAUCCAAAAUCAUCUACUAGUGCUAAUGUAGUAGACGGUCAAGUAACUACAAUUCUAACUUCUGAUGCUUAUGUAGUCGACAGUCAAGGACGUACACAAAUCUCUAAGUCACUGGCAACAAUGAAAAACUUAGUGACCAGUACCGCGUGUUCUUGCUUUUCAAAAAAAUGUAAAUGCGUUGGGCUGAACUUAACGUCAGUCCCAGAUUAUCUGGAUCAUUCUAUUACGUCACUUGACCUUUCUUACAAUGAAAUUUCGAGUUUAAAAGACUGCUCAUUCUGCAACUAUACAAACUUAUCAGUGUUACGUCUGUUCCGGAACAGCCUACAAGUUUUAACGGUCGGAUCCUUCAGUCGUCUCUCGAAACUCCAAUGUUUGAACCUUGCUGGUAAUAAGUUAACCUACAACAACGUCACAUUCCCAGCUGGCGUCUUCUCAGAUUUGAACUCUCUUACAACACUCUACCUGCAUGACAACACAAAAGAUUGCGAAACUUCGUGUAGUUACCCGGACUCCACACUCUCAGAACUAACUCGGCUCAGAACUCUCAGCUUGGACGGGAUAAGUCCAUUUAUUUUAGGUCCCAAAUUUAAAGACCUUAGACGUUUAAGACAUGUAAUGUUCUCAUUGGGGAUGUGUAAUAUCGACGCCUUAACAGAUGAAACAUUUGUUAACGUGAGACAAAUCUCCACUUUAAAUCUGAAAAAUUGUAAUAUUCUUGGAACUACAGUCAGCAACAACACUUUCACGCCUUUGGUUCAUCUGAACAGUCUGGAUGUGAGCAACAACAGCAAGUUGCGCGUCCAACAUCUGUUUCGAGCCCUGAGUCAUAGUCGAAAGAACAACAUCACGAAGCUAAGACUUAAUUCUAUUGAGCCCUUUUACUCCACUUCAAUUAGUAUUGAUUACUCGGUUCUCAUCGGAUUGCCACAGUCGCUGAUUCAUUUAGAAGCCAAAGAAAAUCAUUUCGAAACUAUUCAACCAGGACUUUUGAAAAACUUUCCCGAAAAUCUGGCAUAUAUUGAUCUAGAAAACAAUAACUUUUUCUUUGACUCUUACAUAAGGGAAUUGAAAUUUCUUGAGAACCUUAAAGUUCUGAAAAUAAACAGACAAUAUAUAAAAGAAGCUGUGUCUUGGCCCAUGAACAAAUAUAGGUUUUCUAGAUUUAGUGAAAAAAUAAACAAUAAAUUUCAGGACAUCAUUGUUCAACUCCCACCCAAAUUACAAUUCCUAGACUUCAGCGGAGGAAAUCUGAAGUACACCAUAAAAGGACUACAAUUUAUUUCUAAUAAUUCUUUGGCUGCAUUGAAAUUAGUGAAUAAUUACUUUCCUUCAAUUAUUGGACCCAUAUAUGGUCUACAUGAAUUGAACUAUUUGAACUUAAAAUACUGUUCCAUACUCUUUAUCAAUGAGACCUUCUUCCAUAAUUUUCCAAAUCUAAAAAAGUUGAUGCUAGGAAACAACAAACUUGAAACUUAUUUCAGUAAUCUAGGGCCAAACUACACACUUUUUAGCAAGCUUAAAAAGCUGAAGACUCUUGACCUUUCUGACAACGCCAUAUCGAAAAUGCCGACGGACAUUCUGGCUGGUCUCACUAGCUUGAAGGUCCUCUACUUUGAACAUAACACCUUGUGGACUUUUAACCUGAACUUAUCGCACAUGAUGAAUCUUCGAUAUGUUUAUCUGCGCCAUUCCCAGGUAAACAGCUUAUCGGAAGAUGUUCGUCAGCACAUUGAUUCGAUAUGCGGGAAUAGACCUAAGUCUUGCGCUGUUCGAUUCGAUUUAUCCUUUAACCCCAUCCACUGCGACUGUGAAAAUUAUGAUUUCCUUAAAUGGAUGAUGAACUCACGAGCCUUUGAUCCAAAGUUCACUAACUACAUGUGCCAGUAUCCGGACUCCUCGUAUAAAAAUAUCACUGACGCCUAUGAAGAGACUCUUAGGAUUUUAAGGGGAAAGUGCACAGACAAUUCUUUUAUAUUUUUGUUUGUUCUAGCCGCGACAUUCGUAAUGAUUGCGUUUGUACUUGCUGGAAUAAUUUAUAGAUUUCGUUGGAAACUGAGAUACAUCUACCACGCCACCUAUCUCAGGUUGAAAUCUGUGGAGGAAGAGAACUCUGAACAAUUCCGGUAUGAUGUUUUCAUUAGCUACGCACACCAGGAUGAGGAGUUUAUUCUCAAAGUUUUAUACCCAGAGUUGGGCAGCAGAGGGUUAAACGUACACGUCCACGGCAGAGACUUUGUGGCCGGUGAGUUCAUCGCCUCUAACAUAGUGACGGCUGUGAGAGAAAGCAGGAAGACGUUGGUAGUACUCACGCUGGACCUUUUGAAGAGUAAAUGGUGUAACUACGAGAUACAGAUGGCCAAUAUGGAGUCUGUCCACACAGGGCGUCAAGUUCUCGUGUUCCUUCUAAAAGAUUCCCUCAACAACAAACAACUUGGAACUGAACUCUUGUUCCACAUACGAAACAACACCUACAUAGUCUACCCACAGAAUGACACGGAGAGGUCAAGAGAAGAGUUGGCAGUGUUCUGGGACAAACUUUACAAAGAUCUUCGAAAAUAAACCUUUUAUUUCUUUAUAGUGACUGUUGUAGCGAGGCUCUUUUAAAGAUACUGAGCUACCGUGUGUAUUAAGCUAAAUUACUGUUGUAGUGAGGCUCUUUUAAAGAUACUGAGCUACCGUAUGUAUUAAGCUAAAUUACUGUUGUAGCGAGGCUCUUUUAAAGAUACUGAGCUACCGUGUGUAUUAAGCUAAAUUACUGUUGUAGUGAGACUCUUUUAAAGAUACUGAGCUACCGUAUGUAUUAAGCUAAAUUACUGUUGUAGUGAGUCUCUUUUAAAGAUACUGAGUUACCGUAUGUAUUAAGCUAAAUUACUGUUGUAGUGAGUCUCUUUUAAAGAUACUGAGCUACCGUAUGUAUUAAGCUAAAUUACUGUUGUAGUGAGUCUCUUUUAAAGAUACUGAGCUACCGUGUGUAUUAAGCUAAAUUACUGUUGUAGUGAGUCUCUUUUAAAGAUACUGAGCUACCGUAUGUAUUAAGCUAAAUUACUGUUGUAGUGAGUCUCUUUUAAAGAUACUGAGCUACCGUAUGUAUUAAGCUAAAUUACUGUUGUAGUGAGGCUCUUUUAAAGAUACUGAGCUACCGUAUGUAUUAAGCUAAAUUUUGUUAAUUAUAUGCUUAUUGUAUUGAUAACUAGUAUACGCCUCUUUAUGUUCAAGGUCUAUAAGUAUAACUAAUAAGUAUGACAGAUAAACAAAUGUGGAGUUUAAAAAAAAAAUGUGCAGACCUAUAUAUCUGUAUAUGGGCCUAUAUGUAUCUACGUCGCUCUAUCUUGCGGGACACCACGCACGUGCGCCGACCCUUUAACCCUCCUAUAAACACAUUAUGAUUGGACAGGCAACGUGAGGCUCUGUAUGGGGAUAUUAAAUAUACUAACAUACAAUACUUAAUAAGCUUCUUGAGCCCUUGACUUCACUCUUAUAAUAUUAGGUCUAGAAUAUAGUCCUAGAUAUAUGUAGGCCUACAAGCAAAUGUUUUUAUUUGAAAAAAUGGAUUUAGGUUGAUUAGUUAUUUUGAUAGCUCUAUUCAUACUAUUUUUACAUUCACGCAUUCACUUUCUUAUAACAUUAUUAUUUCGUUUAAUUGUUUCCAGAACACGCUCAGUGACUAUAUCGACAGUGAUACGCAAAUUAAGACCCGUGGGUCGCGGGUAAUAUAUGGAUUGUCUAAUAUUGUCUACUUUAUUUUGCUAGCAGAAGAAGCACACUGUUUCAGCACAGAACGACAGAUUAAUAGAUGACAGUAGCUUAAAGAGGUCAACGGGUCAAAUAUGAUCAAUUUUCAUUUAAAAAGAUCAAUUUUUGCAUAUUGUGUCAGAGCAAUAUGGUUUUUUGUAAUGAAAGCCUAAAUGUAAGGAAGAAUUCAAUACUAAAUACCAUGUUAACCCAGUUGUGUUCUACAUAUUUUAGAGUAUUUGACGCAAAAAAAAAGGUUAUUUAAAUUUUUCUUUUCGUUUAAAAAACAACGACCGAAGUUAUUGAUUCUCUUAAUGAAUUCAAUAACAUAUAUAGUAACAAUUAUAAUAUUCUUCCCAGGUCACCCAUGGUGUUGAAUGUCUGUCGCCUUUACGUAGUCAUAACUCUUAUCUGGCCAAGUGCUUUUCAAACUAAGGAACUAGUUGUGGCUGAUGUAUCUAAACUUCUGUGGAAAAUGUCGUGACUUGGUGGAGGAUGUUGUUUCUGUGUGUUUAUCCUCGUUAGUGUUGUGAUUGCUAUUCUUUCUUGUCUAGUUGAAUUUAGUAUAUGUGUGAUCAUUUUCCUUUUCAUUCAGUAAUCACGUGUCUUGUAUAUCCAUUCUGUAUGUCAUUCUUCACCAAAGAUGUUUACGCUCCAUCAUGAACAGACGGUGGCAGGACCGCACUACAAACAGCGAUGUCCUUGCGAACGCCGGUAUGGACAGUAUAGAGGGACUUCUUAUGAUCUGACAGUUACGCUGGGCAGGGCACGUGUGAGAGACGAGCGUAUGCCUAAUGCAGUCUUUUCUGGUGAGCUAAAAGGAACAGAGGCGCCCCACGGUAACGCUUCAAAGACCAGCUUAGGCGCCAACUUGCCUUACCUGACAUAGUAGAGAGCACCUGGUUGCGUGCUGCCUCAGAACGAGACUGCUAAAGGUCACUCACAAAGGCCGCGGGAUACUAAUUUGAGACCAAAAGAAAAUCCGCUGCCGAGGACAGAUGCAGACGGCGAAAAGAAAGUCUAAAUCGACCACCUGCGGACAAUGGUUAUGCUUGCCGUAGGUGUGGCAAAAUAUGUAGGUCACAGUUGGGGCUGCGCAGCCACGGGAAAUAUUGCAUCCUAUUUUGGCGUUUGCGGACUCGAAGACAAGCCUUAUUAUUAUGUUAUUCUUCAAUUUAACUUUAACAUGGUUAUUAAAUGACAAAAAAGAAGGAAAUAAAAUUACCACAUUAAC